AUGGCUCCUCCUACUAAGCCUCCUCCGAUCAAUAUUGAACCUGAAAAUUGCCCUGAAGCUGUGAUGAAUUGGUACAACAUCACUUCACGUUUGAAUAUUGAACCUGAAAAUUACAAGCGCCAAUGUACAUUAAGUAGAGACCUCUCCUCCCAAGCCAAGAAGCAUCUUUGUUUUCUGGGUUGGAGGUUUUGGCACGCUGACAAGAAAAACAAGUGGGAGCUUCGUUACACUUCACCCAUCACUGGCAAGAACUACAUUUCACUCAGAAGGGCAUGCCAUGCUUGCAUACAAGAAGGAGGCUGCAACAAUGGAAACCCUCAAAUUAAUCUUCAACAACACAACAACAACAACAAUGUUGAUCAGAACCCUUCACCUUCUGCACCAAAGAAACCAAGGAAGUCCACCAACAAAAGAACGAGGGUAUGCAAGAAAAGACAAAAGAGUGAUGACGAUGAUGAAUUGGGAGAAGCCUCUAGUUCUAUGAAUAAUAAUAAUUAUAAAAAAAUGAUGCGUGAGGCCGAGGCAACAAAUGUUUCUGAUCAGUCUUUAAAGCAGCAGCAUCGUGGAGCAAUUAUCCCUUGGUUGAUAGAUAACAAUGUGGUGGCUUUGUAUUCAUUGGUAUUCUGCCGUGAUGCAAAUAACGUGGUCAAGAAAGGGAAACUAUGGCGUAGUGGCAUAGCUUGUGAAUGCUGUGGCAUGUUUUUCUCUCCCACUCGCUUUGAGGCUCAUGCUGGGUGCCACAAGCACAGACCAAACGCCAGCAUUUUCUUGGAAGAUGGAAGGUCGUUGUUGGAUUGUCAAAAAGAAGCCUUGAGUUCUCAGCAAAACAAGGUGCGUUCUUUAAUAAAAGAAGAAGAAGAAGAAGAAAAGGAUCACUGUGAGUAUCAAAAUGAUAGCAUUUGUGCUAUUUGUUAUUUUGGCGGUGAACUAGUGUUAUGUGAUCGAUGCCCCUCUUCGUUUCACCUCAGUUGUUUGGGUUUAGAGCAUGUUCCUGAUGGCGAUUGGUUCUGCCCAGCUUGUUGUUGCAAAGUAUGCAAGGGGCCCAGAUGCAAUACAGAAGAAAAUUGUGAUGACCAUGUGGAUGCUAAUAGAGUUCUGGUUUGUCAUCAAUGUGAGGGGAGAUACCAUAUUGGGUGUUUGAAAGCUCUAACUUAUACCAAGAUGGGAAAGGAUCAAGAUCAUGUUGAUAAUGAGAAUGAGAAUUGGUUCUGCAGUGGAGACUGUGAGAAUAUAUUCUUAGCUUUGCAGAAGCUGGUGGGAAAAGCCAUUAAUGUUGUUGGUGAGGAUAAUGUAACUUGGACGUUGUUGAAGGCACUGAAAAAAGGUGAGAGCAAGCUUAGUGAGGCACUUAAUGUUUUGCGUGAGUGUUUUAGUCCAGUCACUGAUGCUUUCUUCGGGAGAGAUAUAAUUUCUGAUGUUGUUUUCAGUAGAGGUUCAGAACUCAAUCGUUUGAACUUUUGUGGUUUUUAUACUGUGAUUUUAGAGAGGGAGGGGGAAGUAGUUUCUGUUGCCACUUUAAGGAUUUUUGGCAAGAGGGUUGCUGAAAUACCCUUUGUGGCUACCAGGGUGCAGUGUAGAAAACAAGGAUUGUGUGGCAUUUUAAUGAAUGAGAUUGAGAAGCAGUUGACUUACUUGGGAGUAGAGGAGAUUGUUCUGCCUUCCACGCCUAAGGUGAUAGACACUUGGACGAACUCAUUUGACUUUGAAAAGAUGACACUCUCAGUUAAGUCAAAGUUUCUUGAUCAUGUUUUUCUGGACUUCGAGGAUACCAUCAUGUGCCACAAACUACUAGUGGUGAAACAAACUGUUAUAUGA